CGCUCGGCCGCGCCGCGGGAGGAGAAGGGGAGCAAGGGGGCCAGGGCUGCAGGCGGGACCCGCUCCCAGAACACCGCCAAGCCUGCAGGCGCAAACCCCACGUGCGGCCCUGAGUCUCCAUCUUAGCCCUUGUCCAGAGGCUGGGGUCGGCGGUACUGGGUUCUGGGCGCAUCCGCCCCCGCCCGACCUGGUCCCGAACUGGAAAGUUCCGGUCCCACCGGCCUGCUGCCCCUGCACGCUCCACUUGCACCAGACUGACCGUAGGGCACAGCGGACCUGUGCUCUGAGCUACUUCCUUUCAACCAGGCUUGGUGCCAAGAACACACCUAGCCAGAAGUCUUCUACUCCAAGUGAACGAAGGAAGAAAAAGCCACAGGCCUGUGAAGUAUCGGCAGAAGCCACAGAGGCUGCAUGUGGCCUAUGAGGCCUUGGAUGGUGUGAAAGGUGAGGAGGCUGAGCCCCUCAAGUUUCCUGCCUGGGAGCCCCAGGGAUGGCAGCAGCAGCUAGCCAACAUCCGCACCAUGAGAAGCAAGAAGGAUGCUCCUGUGGACCAGCUGGGGGCUGAGCACUGCUAUGAUCCCAAUGCUCCUCCAAAGGUGCGGAGGUACCAAGUGCUGUUGUCGUUGAUGCUCUCCAGCCAAACCAAAGACCAGGUGACUGCAGGUGCCAUGCAGCGACUGCGGGCCCGGGGCCUGACAGUGGACCGCAUCCUGCAGAUGGACGAUGGCACAUUGGGCGAGCUCAUCUACCCUGUGGGCUUCUGGAGGAACAAAGUAAAGUUCAUCAAGCAGACCAGCGCCAUCCUGCAGCAGCACUAUGAUGGAGACAUCCCAGCCACUGUGGCCGAGCUGGUAGCACUGCCAGGCGUUGGGCCGAAGAUGGCACACUUGGCUAUGGCUGUGGCCUGGGGCACCAUAUCGGGCAUAGCAGUGGAUACACAUGUGCACAGAAUUGCCAACCGACUGAGGUGGACCCAGAGGCCAACCAAGUCCCCAGAGGAGACCCGAGCUGCCCUGGAAGAGUGGCUGCCCAGGGAACUGUGGAGCGAGAUCAAUGGGCUGUUGGUGGGUUUUGGCCAGCAGACUUGUCUGCCUGUCCACCCUCACUGCCAGACCUGCCUCAACCAGGCUUUGUGCCCCACUGCCCAGGGCCUCUGAGGGUUGUGGGGCUGUGUUGCUUUGGCUCCUGUGAAGUGCCUUUGCUUAGGAGUUUGGGGUAUAACCUGUGUAAUAAAGUGUGGAGGU